UAGAAACCGGAAAUGUUUUUGUUUUAUUUUGACACCGGAAAUUGACUGUGUGGCGAUGACAGGCACCGACCUGGGCACCACGGCGUCAGGAAAAACCGGAGUCCUUCAACCUUCACUUUUCUUGGCGGUGCCAGUUUUGGCACGCCCUUUGAGUGUUGCAGUGUAAUGUUGCCAUAUUAUGGGUGAACCAUGAAGGCACAAUUACAAGUCACAGUGCUCUCUGCCAGGUUAAAGGAAAACAAAAAGAACUGGUUUGGUCCCAGUCCUUAUGUGGAGGUCGCAGUGGAUGGCCAGUCAAAGAAGACCGAGAAGUGUAACAACACCCAUAGCCCAAAAUGGAAACAGGCUCUUACUGUAAUUGUUACUCCGGUCAGUAAGCUGAUAUUUCGUGUUUGGAGCCAUCAAACACUGAAAGCAGACAUUCUGUUGGGAAUCGCCACACUGGAGAUCUGUGAGACACUUAAGGCUAAUGACCUGAAAUUAUCCGAAGUAGUCCAGAGUCUGCAGCUGUGCUCUGACAAAGACUCUCGGGAGAAUGUUGGAGACCUGUCAGUCUGUCUCGAUGGCUUGAAUGUGACACCAGAAGCUCUCGCUGAGGCAGAAAAAGAGCAAGUUGUUCCUAAUGGGACUUCCAAACCAAAUGGCAGCACUAGAAACAGGGCAAGCAGAGACACAUCACCCUCAAGUGAUUCAGAGGAGUGGGUCAUUGUUCCCAAGGGUCAAACUGUCAGUGGUUCAAAUUCACCCUCUCGAUCUCCAAGGGGCUCCAAUACUUCCCGUCUCCCAAGACCAGCUAUGCCUCCUGCUGCCCCAAACCGACCUGGUGCUUCACCAAGUUCUUCUAGCAGUUCAUCUCCAAGUGAGCUCAGUGAAGGCCCUGCAUCCGAUGGCUCUUCUCAGGCAUCGGCAAGUGGGACCUCAGAUCCACGAGACGACUCUGCUGUAGGAGGCGCCAUGGCGAGCACUUCACAGGCAGCAACUGUACCCAAACCUGUGACCACUUUGGCGCCUGCCACGGCUCCUCCGAGGAUCGCCCACAUGAACACUGGUCCUUUGCCUCCUGGGUGGGAGCAACGAGUGGACCAGAAUGGACGUUUGUACUAUGUUGAUCACAUUGAGAAAAGGACAACCUGGGAAAGGCCGGAGGCUCUGCCAACAGGAUGGGAGCGCCGGUGUGACACGAUGGGUCGGGUGUACUAUGUAGACCACAUAACCAGAACGACCACUUGGCAAAGGCCAACACAGGAGUCGGUUCGCAACUAUGAGGAGUGGCAGCAUCAGCGCAGCCAGCGGCAGGGUGCAAUGCAGCAGUUUAACCAGAGGUUCAUUUACGGGCUUCAAGACCAGUUGGCAGCCACAUCCAAUAAAGAGUUUGAUCCUCUCGGACCUCUGCCACAUGGUUGGGAAAAAAGAACGGACACUAAUGGCAGAGUAUACUUUGUUCAUCACCCGACUCGGACAACGCAGUGGGAGGAUCCAAGGACACAAGGACUCUUGAACGAUAAGCCUCUUCCGGAAGGCUGGGAGAUGCGCUUCACAGUGGAUGGGAUUCCGUACUUUGUGGACCACAACAGACGAACUACAACCUACAUUGACCCUCGCACAGGGAAAUCUUCUCUGGAAAAUGGACCUCAGAUAACAUACGUCAGGGAUUUUAAAGCCAAAGUGCAGUACUUCAGGUUCUGGUGUCAGCAACUGUCAAUGCCUCAACAUAUCAAGAUUACAGUAUCAAGGAAAACUCUGUUUGAGGAUUCGUUCCAGCAGAUUAUGAGUUUCCACCCUCAAGAUCUGAGAAGAAGACUGUGGAUUAUUUUCCCUGGCGAAGAGGGUUUGGAUUAUGGUGGCGUGGCAAGGGAGUGGUUUUUCUUGCUCUCUCACGAAGUCCUGAAUCCGAUGUACUGCUUAUUUGAGUAUGCUGGCAAAGACAACUACUGUCUUCAGAUCAACCCUGCCUCCUACAUCAACCCCGAUCACCUCAAAUACUUCAAAUUCAUCGGCCGCUUCAUUGCUAUGGCAUUAUUCCACGGAAAGUUCAUCGACACAGGUUUCUCCUUGCCCUUCUACAAACGCAUCCUCAACAAACCCCUGGCUCUCAAAGACCUGGAGUCCAUCGAUCCUGAGUUUUAUAACUCUCUCAUUUGGAUCAAGGAUAACAACAUAGAGGAAUGUGGUCUAGAAAUGUUCUUCUCUGUGGACAAUGAGAUUUUGGGAGCGGUGACCACUCAUGAGCUGAAACCUGAUGGAGGCAACAUUCAAGUAACGGAAGAAAAUAAAGAGGAGUACAUCAGACUGGUGGCGGAGUGGCGACUCUCCAGAGGAGUGGAGGAGCAGACCCAAGCUUUCUUUGAGGGCUUCAAUGAAGUCCUGCCUCAGCAAUACCUUCAGUACUUCGAUGCGAAAGAGUUGGAGGUGAUGCUGUGUGGGAUGCAGGAGAUUGACCUGGCUGACUGGCAGAGAAACACUAUCUACAGACAUUAUGCCAAGAGUAGCAAACAGAUCAUGUGGUUCUGGCAGUUUGUCAAAGAGAUGGACAACGAGAAGCGAAUGAGGCUGCUGCAGUUUGUCACCGGAACCUGUCGCCUUCCUGUCGGGGGCUUCACCGAUCUGAUGGGGAGCAACGGUCCCCAAAAGUUCUGCAUCGAGAAAGUUGGUAAAGAGAACUGGCUUCCAAGAAGCCACACAUGUUUUAAUCGUCUGGACCUCCCUCCUUACAAGAGCUAUGAGCAGCUGAAAGAGAAACUCAUGUUUGCCAUCGAGGAGACGGAAGGAUUUGGCCAGGAGUGAACAGCCAAAACCGGAGCCUUGCUUGAUACUGACAAGGGUUCUCCACCAACCGAGAGGUCACAGUGCAACAUUAAAGUUGCUCCGUUCUCUGGUACAUAUCUAUGGAAUGACUCCAGAAUAUUCCUUUUGUUGUUGCACCUCGCACCCGUUUGAUCAGUUUCGCUCCAAUUGAGCCGGUGACCUCACCCUGCUGAGCCCACUACAGGAGUGGACAGAUUGAGGAACGCCUCUUUCACCUGCCUUGCCCAAACUCGCAGAGGGUUACGCAACUGCAGUUUCUAGACUUUCUUUCGUGUAUGGCUGCAGAUAUGGGGGGUGGUGGGGUGGGCCUUUCUGUUCCAUGAACGUUUAAUGUCGUUUAAUGAUCUGAUUUUAACUGCUGACUCAGUUCGAUUCUGUAGCACACAUUUCUUUUGAUGACAAUUGUGUGUAAAAUCAAGGACUUUGUGAUGCAUUCAUUGGAGCUUAAAUGACUUACUGGUGUGCACAGCCUACUGUGAAAAGAAAGACAGUGACAUUGUUGAGGAGAGGUUGGACAUCGAUGUGCAAUAGUUUGUUCUAUUUUUUUUUUUUAAACGCCCCCCUCAUGCUUGGCCUCUAAUACACAGGGAUAUGAGGUACCUAGAAUUCUGUUUAAUAGGUACUUGCAGGACUUACUGGGGUUUCUAUGGACAUUUUCCCCUGUUUAACUGUGAUCAUUUCAUAUAAAGGCUCAACGAUGUCCUCCAUGGAUUCUGUCAUGUGCAUGUGAUCUGGAUUAUCACCCAUUUUGCUCUGUCAGCAAAAACAUGUGUAAUUCUGACUCCAAAGUGACAGUCUCGCCCUGACUGACUGUCAUCGAACAGGCACGCAGACCGUUGCUGUUCCACCAAAGGUGCAGGUACAAGAUGGUCUUGGUGAAUCAGACCAAAUGUAGCAGGUGAGCUGAAAAGCAGAUGAAUCGCUUGUGUCAUGGCCCCGUGGCUGAAUCUGUCAACACAGGGAGGAGAUAGUUGUUGAGAAAGUUAUGUAACAGAUUGGACUUGUAAAAAAGUUUUAUAGCAAUGACAGCAGAAGCACAUUCCCUUGUAAAACUUUUUACGAUCGUACAACACUGAUCUGACAGAUUCUGAUAAUCAUGGACAUUUUUCGUCGUGGGAAAAUGUCUUCAUCACAGUUCAGUUGUUAUUGUCACUUGGCGACUUUAUACAAGGGGAGCACUGAAUUAAUGGCAUCCAUUGUUAAUUAUGUUGUGCAUAAAAGCCUGGGACUUGUGUAAAAUGGGGGACCUUUUGUGGAACAGGAGCGACUUCAUGGUCUUCACUCUUCCAAGAGUUGUUUUUGUUUAUUCAUGGCAAUGAAAUAAUGCUCAAAGUCAGGCAACAGACCCCUAUGUAUACGUGAGCCAAGUCAUGGUGCCCUCCUUUUGCGCUCCAAGUUACAAAGGUGAAAGUCUUCCCUCCAAACUGAGGAAUUCGAUGAGUAAAAAGGGAACUGGGAGCCCAAAUGGAACGCAACAUGAAUCAUUUAGGGUGUUCGUAUUUUCUGUGUUGGAAAUAUCUACAGAAUCGGGUUAAAAAAAAAAAAAGAAAAAAAAGAAGAGCGUCCUGUAUAUAUAAUAUAGUUCACCAAGGAUAACUAUUAUCUCUAGUCAGUUUCAGAUAUAAAUUGGUCUUUAAAGCAGUCAUUUUCUACUUAUGAUGUGGGAGUGCUUGGAUUCUUGGGAAUAUUGGGAAAUUAUUAGUGGUCCCGCUGACAGGUAGCCACGUCUCUGAUUCAUUUCUCAAAGUAUUACCUCAAGAUAAACUACAAAAAAAGCUUAAUCCUAGCUGUACAAUGUGUUCAGUGACUUAUGCAGUUGAUGUAAAUAAUUUACAUUGAUGACUGUUUGUUUGCAAACUGUUUUAAAUAAUUCACCCAGACCAUGAGCUCUGUUGUGUUGCAGGCUUGAGCUGAGAGUGUCACCCUAGUUUUAUAGGGUGUGUGGUGACCCUGAUCUGUGCAGCCAUGGUUCAGAUCCUGCAAGCAGAAGCAGGAUUUGGCUCUUAAGAUAUUCAGUGUUUACUUGGCAGUUAUUGAUGAAGUCACCCAAAGCAAUGUUUUCUCACCUUGAAUCAUUUUUAACCAGUUAUUGUCCUCUCCUUCUUUAAACAUGGGUGUGUGCACAUGAAUUUAUACGAACCACUGUGACUUUCAUGAGCCAACAGCAUGUUUACUAAAAGGUCAUUUCAAAAACACGGUUUUAUGGGAUUGAUUCUUUUCUUCUUAUUGGGAUCUGUUAACCUUGAUAUGUGCUUAAAUGAUUCGUCUUCAUUUAUCCCGUCCUAUCCGUUCGAUCUUCACUUGCAAAAUUGUUGUAAAUGUAUCCAAAACAUUAACAAGUAGCCACUGGUAUGCAGAAUUUGUGCAGAUAUUAUUAAAAUCAUUGCUGUAAAAUGGA